AUGGCUAACGCCGUACAGGGUAUUAUGGAGUUUUUCUCAACUGCUGCUCAGCCGACUGUUUUGAUAUUCGUAGCAGUGUUGUUGUUAAGUCUGUGGAUGCUGUCGUCGAGGAAUCCUCGGGUGAACUGGCCGCCCGGACCUGUCUGUUUCCCCGUGGUGGGAUGUCUCCCACAGAUGAUGAUCAGCGGUAGGAGAAGACAACCUACGGAUCUUCUUCCAUGGUAUGAUACAUACGGAGAUAUCAUGCACGUUAAAUUUGGUGAACAGCACAUGAUAAUGCUGGGAACUUAUGAGCUGAUCCAAGAGGCUUUCGUGAAGAACGCAGAUACUGUGACUAGUGAUACCUACCAGCUAAUUGAUGCACAAGAUGGCGCUGGUGAGGACAGGGUCAAGAGGAGCACACUUCCAAUGGCCACAUUUAAUUUUAUCAAUUCUAUUAUUGGAUCUGGUAUCAUAGGUAUACCUUAUGCGUUGAAGCAGGCAGGAGUUGGACUUGGGAUCCUUUUGAUCUUACUCGUUGCUAUAAUAACAGAUUAUUCAGUGAUGUUGCUUAUUCAUGGAGGACAGAUCUCAAACACAAACAGUCACCAGGGUUUGGUGCAAUCUGCAUUUGGAAGACCCGGCUUCUUCAUUUUGACCAUAAUGCAGUUCCUGUACCCUUUUAUUGCAAUGAUCAGUUACAAUGUCAUCAUAGAAGAUACAAUAACCAAAGUCAUAAUGACAGAAGAUUCCUGGCAGUUUGCAAACUAUAAUUUCACUCAAGCUAUAGGUGUCAUGGCCUUUGCAUAUAUGUGUCUUCACAAUUCUUUCCUCAUCUACGAUUCACUGGAGGAUCCCACGUGGCACAAGUGGCACAUUGUGACCCACGCCAGCAUGCUGACCUCCAUGGUUCUCAUGGUGAUACUGGGCAUUGUGGGAUAUGCUACUUUUACCUCGUUCACACAGGGUGAUGUCCUAGAAAAUUACUGUGAGAAAGACGACCUGAUCAAUGCGGCCAGGUUGGCAUUUGCAGUCACCAUCAUGUUGACAUACCCUGUGGAGUGCUUUGUGACCAGAGAGGUGUUAGAACAUUCAGUAUUUGCCCACUAUCAGCCAAGAACAUUGUGGAGACACUCUCUGGUAACUGUUAUCAUUGUCUGCCUUGCUAUGGGAUUCUCCAUGGCAACAGACUGCCUAGGGGUGGUUUUAGAAUUAAAUGGGGUGCUAGCAGCUGCUCCACUAGCCUUCAUCAUUCCCCCUGCAUGUGUUAUGAAGCUCCAACAUGAGCCAGUUCUCUGUAUUAAGAACAUCCCCAUGUUACUGACCACAUUUUUCGGGAUAUUUGUCAUGGGCACUGGGACGGCGAUGGUCAUCAAGGAAAUGGUCAACGGGUACAGCUGUAGCCAUGGAGAAAAGUUGGCCUACUGCCAGGCAGAAAAUAUGACUGGUUUAUUUACAAAUCAGAGUGUAUUAACUACAACAUUGAGAGUAUAGUGAAGAUUACAAUAUUUUUGCGAAAUCACCAGUACAGCCAAACACUGUUUUUAUUGUGAUGAAUGGGUCUUUUAUUUUCUGUUUAAAGUAGAUAAUAUUUGUGCCUGUCGCAUUAUAUUU